UUCUGCGCAGCCGUAGAUCGUCUCUGGUGAAAUGGAGGAGGACCACCUGUAGAAAAUGUUUUUCCCCCGGUAUAGAGCACUGAUCUCCGGUCAGUUUACUCUCUUCUCCUUGUCCUCUUUCUGUUCAUCCAGCUGUUCUCACACCGUUGCUGCUCCGCCCCGGAGGAAGUUUUUCGCGCGAAAAUCCAGUUUGGACACCCGGACAAACAGAGACACGGAUAACAGAAGAGUGAUGCCAUCUAACGUGGAGAUCAAAGCUAAAGUGAGCAACCCCAUGCAAUUUGCCAAGAGGGCCUCGGAGCUCAGCCAAUCAGAGGGCACGAUCAUCAGGCAGCAUGACACUUUCUUCAACUGCACCCAAGGACGCCUAAAGCUGCGGGACUUCAUGAACGAGUCCGGUCAGCUGAUCUUCUACGAGCGCCCCGACACCGAGGGACCCAAACUGUCCCGUUACUCCAUCAGCCCGACCAGCGACCCCCCCUCUCUCAGGACAGUCUUGUCAGACGCUCUCGGGGUCAAGGGGGAGGUGUGUAAAGAGCGACGGCUGUUCCUGAUUGGUCAGACCAGAGUACAUCUGGAUGCAGUGGAGGGGCUUGGAGACUACAUGGAGCUGGAGGUGGUGAUGCGUCCAGAGCAGACCGUAGAGGACGGACAGAAGGUGGCGGAGGAGCUGAUGCAGCAGCUCGGUGUCUCUAAGCAGAGUUUGGUGAUGGGGGCGUACAUGGACCUGCUGCUGAAGGGUCACACGGACACAUAAAACAAACGCACCUCCGGAGACAGAAUGAGAGUAACACACUGACUAAUAACUCCUGUAAGUACACGAAUCAUAAGAGCUACCAGAUGAAAUGAGAGGUCGUAUAAAUGGAAGAUACCUGUAGUAUUUGCACCAACACAAUCUGAUUUAAGAAAAAUGAUGAUCUGUUACCUUUGUAUUCAGAUUUCUGACUGAUUUCACUGUAUCAAAACGGACAGUAGACACUUUUGUAAAUAAAAGAACUGAAAACA